AUGCAUCGACUACUGCUAUUGGCCACUCUAUUAGCCACUUCACAUGGCGCCAUCCAACCAUACAUUCCUAGGGCAGCAGAGUACCGAACCGAAUGUAAGACAUGUCCUCGGUCUCUAUGUCCCAAUCAACUCUAUUACGACUACGAUGAAACCUUCAACGCAACAUGCUGGACGCACGGAACAAAGAUCAUGGGUGAUAACUUGUGGCUCAAGAGCGAAGCCGGAUGCUAUGUUACGCAAUACGACGUCGUCGAGUACCCCGGAGACUAUACCACCGAUCUCAAAUACUGCGGUCCCGAAUCCGAGAUACAGCACUUGACCAUCGCCGACGCAACCACAAAAUACAAAACCGAAUGCCGAAUAUGCCCCGACCUAACCUGCGACGCGAUUUCCUACCUCAAAGAAGACACAGACCUUGAGCUAACAUGCUGGUACCCCGAUGGCCAGCUCAUCAUUGAUGACCCAUAUUGGCUCAAAACCAGCAACAAUUGCUACGUCGCCCGCAAAAACCUCUACGAACCACCCGACCUCACCCGCCUCGACAACUGCGGCCCCAUCCCUUUUCUAGAAAACCUAUGGCACAACAACGAAAACGGGACCAGCGAUGUCAACAAGCGCGAGGCUGCACCUUUCCCAGGGCCUUUUUCGGCAAACUACCUCGUCAAUGUUACUGUGGGAGAGGAAUAUUCCUACUGCCGCUCGUGCACAAACACGACGUGCGAGGUAGAGAAGACAUACGAGUUUGACCAAGAAGUUUACGUGCAGUGCAUUGCACGGGAUAGUGCAGAUAUAUGGUGGAGCUUGACGACGGAUUUCUGCUAUGUGCCCAAUUCGGACUUUUGGCAGUCUGUAGAGGGGGAUUAUUAUAGAAUGCCGUUGUGUGAGUACUUUGACGGAAAGCCGCCAGGUAGCGACGACGUGGCUUUGCAGCGGCGAAAUGAUGAGUAG